GCUUAUUACUAAACUAGCUGGCAAGGGAGCAGAGCCGAUGCUGUUCCACACUGGAACAGCACUUGCUUAGCUGCUGACUUCCCUGCCUCUCCUUGUUCCGCUCUUUCUUCUUCUUCUUUCCCUUCUUUCUCUCCUCUCUCCCUCGCUCUCUCUUCUUUUUUUCAUUUUGGCUUCUAUUCAAAUGUGGGUCAGGGGUGAGCGGCUCCCAACGUCACAAGCUUGCAAGAUGGCGCUGGGAGGAAGGCUGUGAGAUGAGGAACAGGCUGGUAUAAACCGAGAGGACAGGAGAGGGAGAGGAGGAGAGGGGAAAGGGAAGAAAAGCUACUGCUCCAGAUGCAAUAAGAAGCGUCCCUGCUGGUUCUCCAUUCUGCAUCCGUGCAGCCACGUUCUAUUGAUGGCCUGUUGUGAUUUCAAUGGAACAUCAUGGGAUGUACCUGGCACGUCGGGCAGCACUGGAUGGAGGUGCCUUUAGCCCAAUGUACCUGGCAUGGUGGUAAGGUGAAGGUGAGAGGACGAGAAGGUGGAGAUGGAACUGCCAAAUCAUGCCAAACAACUGCUACUGCAGCUGAACCAGCAACGAGCCAAAGGUUUCCUCUGUGAUGUGAUCAUUGUGGUAGAAAAUGCCCUGUUUCGUGCCCAUAAGAACAUCCUGGCAGCCAGCAGCAUGUAUUUCAAAUCCCUUGUCCUGCAUGACAACCUGAUAAACUUAGACACGGACAUGGUGAACCCCACCGUGUUCCGGCAGAUCUUGGACUUUAUUUAUACUGGCAAGCUCUUAACGACUGACCAGCCUGGUGAACAGAACUUUAAUGCUCUCCUCACCGCAGCAAGCUACCUCCAACUGCACGACCUGGCAGCUCUCUGCAGAAAGAAGCUGAAGCGGAACGGCAAGUCCUUUGCUGGCAAGGCCGGUGGCCUUGGUGUUGGGAGAUCUGCCAGGAGUCAGAGACUUUCCACUGCUUCAGUCAUCCAAGCUCGCUAUUCAGGGUCAAAUGAGGGGUUGAAGGGCUCGCACUCAAAGGAGCUGUCAAAGGGAAAGCUCUCGGAUGACGAGGUCUUCAUCAGCAGCUCCAACCAAGAGAACUGUCACUCCUUAAGCAGGGGAACCAGCAAGAACGGUGGUGGGAGCAGCAGCGACAACGGGAGCACCGGUGACCAGGAACUAGGCCUUGACCUGUCCAAAAAAAGCCCCUCGCUCCCUGUCGCAGCCUCCCACGAUGACACGCAGCACAGUGAAAGCCAGCACGGCUCUCCCCAAUCUGCCUCAGCCCCUGCAGCCAACAGUGCCUCAUCGUUCGACGAGCCUGGCGUCGGAGCCCCCCACAGCAUGGUGGACAGCAGCGACCCCAUGGAGAUGGAGCUGAGCGAGGAGUGCCACCACUCGCUGACAGAGAGCAGCCAGCGCAAGGGCCUCCGGCACUCGUCCCGCAAGAAGGAGUGGAUCAAGAAAGACAACGCCUUUGACCGAAAAGAAGGGGGCAAAGACAGGGACGAGGGUGAAGGGCUGCCCAAUGGUAUCCUGCUGGGGCCCUUGUCCAAGUCUGUGGAGAGGAAUCUGGCUGGGGCCUACGGGGCAGACCUGCCCUACCCGUGUAAGGAGGAGGUAGAAAACGGUAAGGAGAACAGUGAUGACAGUGGCCAGAGUGAGAGCGAGAGUGGUGGCCAUACCAGUGCCAACUAUGUCUACCGGCAGGAGGGGUUUGAGCCAGUGGCUUAUGGUGACAACCUGUAUGUCUGCAUCCCCUGUGGCAAAGGCUUCCCGAGCUCUGAGCAGCUCAAUGCCCACGUGGAAACGCACACCGAGGAAGACCUUUACAUCAAGGAGGAAGGCACAUACGGCAGCAAGGAUGAAGCUGAGGAUUUGUCCAACCCCAAUCAGUCCUAUGCUGCGGAGUCCCGGCCCUUCAAGUGUUCAGUGUGUGAGAAAAGCUACAAGGAUCCGGCCACGCUGCGGCAGCACGAGAAGACUCACUGGCUGACACGGCCCUUCCCUUGCAACAUCUGCGGCAAGAUGUUCACACAGCGUGGCACCAUGACACGGCACAUGCGCAGCCACUUGGGGCUCAAGCCCUUUGCUUGCGAGGAAUGUGGGAUGCGCUUUACCCGGCAGUACCGACUAACAGAGCAUAUGCGUGUCCACUCAGGAGAAAAACCUUACGAAUGUCAACUGUGUGGUGGGAAAUUCACCCAGCAGCGCAAUCUGAUCAGCCACCUGCGAAUGCAUACCUCUCCCACAUAAGCCAAAGACUCCAGAAUGAGCUUCAAGCCCAUCCGCAGUGAUUUACCUUUCUGUAGACUUGCUGCUU